AUGUACGGAGGCAGAAGGGACGACCGUGACCGUCGUCGCGAGAGUGGCAGACGUUCCGACAGAGAAUCCCUCCCAUAUCUACCGCCGCCCUCCAUGUACCCGCUCCAAGGAAUGUCGAGCGCAGAAUAUCGAGAACCCCUCCGAUAUCCACCGCCGCCCUCCAUGUACUCGCUCCAAGGAAUGUCGAGCGCACAAUAUCGAGAAAUAUUAGACGACAUGGAGCAAGCCAGAACCGGGCAGAGCCGGGCAGGCCAAUGGGUCAAUACCCAGCCCGGCGAAGAGACAGUUCGGCGGGGAUAUGCUGGUUUUGGUGGGGAAAAUCUAGAUCGAGACCGCAGGGGAGGAGGGAACGACGCAGCUUCUGAGCACUCAUGGAGAAGCGAUGAGGGCACGUAUGUUGAAGAGGAUUCUUCCUCGUCCCAUCAAGAACCAACCGCUAGGCAAGGUUCUGGAUACUCUCGUGACAGUCAAUACCAGACGGGUAAUCAGCCUCCUCGAGGAUGGUACGGAGGUAGAUAUGAUCAUAUGCCUCCCAUCCGAUAUGAAGCUGCGACUGUAUCAAUGAGAUACGUUCCGGAAGGGCCGGGAGGACAAUCAUCGCGCUAUCCUUUGGACUACCCGAGCAGUAGGGGCAGGAGCAGACGAGAGGAGGAAGAACGUGCCAGAGAAAUGGACCGACGAUUCUCUAGAAGAUAG